AUGUCAGGCAUCACCAACUUCAUUCCUGAAUACGCCUCGUAUAAUUGGACCGGGGCUCCUUCCGAUUAUACGUUGGCUACGAAUGCGCACACGGGUGGUGAUUCAAGACAUGAAAACCUGAACAAAUGGUAUCAGUCGGGCGAUACUGCAUAUAUCAUCCUUUCAUCAUGUCUGGUCCUGAUCAUGGUUCCGGGCCUCGGCUUUCUGUAUUCUGGACUGGCACGAAGGAAAUCAGCUUUGUCGAUGAUGUGGGCUUGCAUGGCGGCCGGCACUGUGAUCAACUUCCAGUGGUAUUUCUGGGGUUAUUCGCUCACCUUCUCGCCGACGGCGACAAAUGGUUUCAUCGGUGACCUCGUGCAUUUCGGCCUGCAACGAGUCCUGGGGAAUCCCAGUCCCGGUUCUCCUCUGGUUUCGAGCCUUCUAUACUCGUUCUACCAGAUGCAGUUCUGCGCCGUGACAGCCGCCAUCGUUGCAGGAGCCGUCGCUGAACGCGGUCGACUUGCUCCGUUUCUUGUUUGGAUCUUUCUGUGGGCCACUCUCGUCUACAACCCCAUUGCCUGCUGGGCGUGGAACGUCAAUGGAUGGGGCUUCAAGUACGGCGUCAUGGACUAUGCGGGUGGCGGGCCGGUCGAGAUUGGUUCCGGCAUGUCAGCACUGGCCUAUUCGAUGGUUCUCGGGAAACGACAGGAGAAGAUGAUGCUGAACUUCCGCCCGCAUAACGUCUCGUUCAUUCUUCUGGGCACCGUCCUGCUCUGGUUCGGAUGGCUGGGUUUCAACGGCGGUUCGUCGUUCGGCGCCAACCUGCGCGCCGUCAUGGCGUGUUGGAAUUCGAAUUUGACCGCCAGCAUGGCGGCCGUGACAUGGGUGAUUCUCGAUUACCGACUAGCUCGGAAAUUGUCCAUGGUUGGAUGGUGUUCAGGUACCAUUUCGGGCCUUGUGGCAGCCACCCCUGCAUCCGGCUAUCUCGACACCUGGGGCAGUGUGGUGUUGGGCGUGACAACAGGCGUCGUUUGCAAUUUUGCCACCAAAAUCAAAUAUUGGAUCCGCAUCGACGACUCGAUGGAUGUCUUCGCCGAGCACGGCGUGGCCGGUAUGAUCGGAUUGAUGUUCAACGCUCUCCUGGGCGUCGAUUACGUCGUCGGCCUCGACGGGGUCAACACGGGCGGCAGCAAUCCCGAGACGGGGACAGGCGUCGGCGGCUGGCCCAUCGGCAACUAUCGCCAGUUCUAUAUUCAACUGGCUUAUAUCUUGGCCUGUAGCGGCUAUGCAUUUGUCAUGAGCGCCAUCCUCGCAUUUCUGGUCAAUUUCAUUCCAGGGCUCCACCUCCGCGCCUCAGACGAGGCCGAACUCCUGGGCAUGGACGACGACCAAUUGGGAGAAUUUGCCUACGACUAUGUCGAAGUCCGUCGGGACUACCUGGCCUGGACGCCCAACCGACCCCAGCAGAAUGAGUCCGAUCCGGAAGUGCCACAAGAGCAUCGCCACGGAAUCGAAGGCCACGCCAAGAUGCUACAGAACAGCGAGGUGUCCAGUUCGGGCUCGGCGUCCGGGACCAAUGGUCAAUCUCUACCCGCCCAGGGCGACCGGCAUGGCAUUGCGGCGGAGAACGUCGAAAAGGAGAAACAUGAACAUGAACAUGUCGCUGGAGCGUCAAGCUCCUGA